UCCUGUUCUCUCCUCAUGCUUCUCUGCACGGAGAGACAUGGAGGCAGCUGAGGGACAGAGAGUGGAGGCUGCGCGGUCCGGAGAGCUGCUGGAUGUCGGCUCUUCAGGAGAUGGUCUGUACAACAAGUUACUUAUAAAUUCGAAGCAGAGCAAAAAACCCGGUUCCUGUCCUCCGAUUGUUAGAAUGCCGAGAAGCAGCGUACUUGAUAGAGUACAGAACUUCCUGCCUCAAAUGGCCCGGGCUAAUGAAGAUCUUGACAGAGAAAUUCAGACUUGUUCAGAUGGGAAAUUUGACAUAGAAAACGUUGAGGGUGAAGAAAACAUAAUAGAAAUGAAUGUGGCCUUGGUUGAACUGAGCAGCUCUGACUCAAGUGAAGAGAAGUCCGAUAGUUCAGAUGAAAGCUCAGACUCUGAUUCAGAUGGAGAGGUGACAGAACAGAACAUCAGACUGCGACAGAAAGGAAAGAAAGGCAAGAUAGAAGAACUGGCCCUAAGUAAAUGAAUCCUGACGUCCCUGAGUUGUGCACUGGUCUUCUGAGAGACUCUUGCAUGGAGAUGAUGUCAGUCUCCACUAACCCAAUUGAAAUUUUCCAUUUCACUAGGAACUAUGUACAUAGACUGGAUGAGCAGUUAAUGUCUUGGUAUUUUGAUGGGAUCCUUGCAAACUGAUAGGUCCAUACGGAACAGGCCCGCAUAUCGGUUACACAUCCUUAACAAAAUCUGCAUUUGCCACACCGUGAAGACCACAGCAUGUCAAAGACAAAAUCCAGAUCAAAUCGGAGCAUACUGCAAAUUUCAAAUGUACUGUACAGAAACUCAUACCGAAAAUCAGAGCAAAUCUGCCAAGUGUGAAAAUGGCAACAGACGGACAGUCAGUUUUGCUCACAAACUGAAUAACUUCAUUGUUAGUAGUUGGCUGAUCUGCUAUGGCUGUGUUCACACGUUGCCUUCGUGAUGCUUUUUUAUGAGAGCACUGGAAAAAUGCUGUGGUUUUGGUGUGAAAAACAGCAGCAAAAAAAAUAAA